AAACACUAAACAAAAACCCUUGUCGUUCUCGAAACCUAUCCAAUCCAGUCGGUGCUCGUGAUUUUUUCCGGUUUUUAUGGAAAUAUGUUUUGACUUUCGUAGAAGACGCCAUAGCCAACACGUUUUAAUGAUGCAAUUAUUAGACAGAAUAGUGCAAAUUCAUAACCGGUGAUGCAAGUUCAGAAGUGGAGAUGGCUGUAGUUUGCGUGAUUGGCUUCCAUUACUGACCUACUGUUACUCUCUCUGACUCUGUCGUCGAAACACAUCUUAGAUUUAAGUCUGUGAGGAAAUUAUCUAAUGAGAAAGAAGGGAAGAAAAGAGAAGAAGAAAAUGGGAAGAGCACCAUGCUGUAACAAAGGUGAAGUGAAGAAAGGUGCCUGGACUCCUGAAGAAGAUAAGAUACUCGUUGAUUACAUCACGAAGAACGGCCAUGGCACCUGGCGUUCUUUUCCUAAACUUGCAGGACUUCAAAGGUGUGGAAAAAGUUGUCGUCUCCGAUGGACAAACUACCUUCGUCCUGAUAUCAAACGCGGCGCCUUCAGUUUUGAAGAAGAACAAACAAUCUUCCAUCUCCACAGCUUACACGGCAACAAGUGGGCAGCCAUUGCUGCACAGUUACCAGGAAGAACCGACAACGAGAUCAAAAAUUUCUGGAAUUCUCAUUUACGAAAACGGAUUCCCAGCCUUCAAACCGACCUACCUUCAAAUUCAACAGAUACGAAGAGCAACAGAGUGGAGAAUGAUGCAAAACCAGAAGAUGAAGCCAAGCCAUCAAUGAAUCCCAUGAGUCACAGCGAUAACUUCCACCAUGAAUGGGGUUCUGGAGCUUUUCAGAAGGAUUUUCACAAGGUGACGACGUAUGGUAUCCCAAACCCUAUAAAGAUUGAACCGGUCUCUUUUGUGACAGUUCAAGCAAGUGAAUCUUGCGAUCAGAGUGUGAAGGAAGAGAUGACAAAUGGUUCAGAGUCUCAAAACUCUAACGAAGCACAGAAUGAAUUGGAUAUAACAUUGGAUCUACUGCUAGAUUUUCCUAACGAUGGAGAAUAUUUGCAAUAUGUAUAAGCCUAUGUGUUAUUAUAAGGUCAGUGGUAUAAUAAUAAUUAUUAUUAGUGUUUAGGAACUGAGAACAGAGAUUCGAAACAUCAAUGAAUAAAAACUGUCACUUUGCUAUAUAA